AUGUCGGGCUCCUCGCCUGAAUUCCUUCGCUUCACCGGCCACCGGUCCUUCGCCCGGCGCCUCACCAUCUCGACCCUCACCGGCCGUCCCAUCCACAUCACCAAAAUCCGAAGCUCCUCGCCCACGAACCCCGGCCUCGCGCCCCAUGAGGUCUCCUUCCUGCGCCUCCUCGAGGCCGUCACCAACGGCAGCUCCAUGCAAAUCUCGUACAGUGGCACCACAAUCACAUACCACCCGGGCCUCAUCACGGGCACAAUCGCCGGCCUGGGCGCCGCCGAGGGCGACGUCAUCGAGCACAGCAUCCCCGUCACCUGCACGAGGGGCAUCACCUACUUCCUGCUGCCGCUGUGUCUGCUGGCGCCCUUUUCAAAGGCGCACAUGAAUGUGCGGUUUUCCGGCCCCGGCGUCAUCACAUCCUCCACUGAGACUGGCGACGUCUCGGUCGACACGUUUCGUACUGCUAUCCUCCCCCUCUUUGGACUGUUCGGCAUCCCUCCCGCACGAAUUGAGCUCCGAGUCCUGCAGCGCUCCUGCGCCGGUCCUGGCGGCAAAGGCGGCGGCGGCAUCGUCGAGCUCCGCUUCGCCAGCCAAGUCCGCUUGCCCAAGACGCUGCAUCUCAACCGAAGUCCCGGCCGAGUAAGGAAGAUACGAGGAGUUGCUUACUGCACUGGUGUGUCUGCCUCAAAUAACGCUCGCAUGAUACAUUCCGCCCGCGAGAUCCUAAACCCGUUCGUCACGGACAUCCACAUCGCGGCACAGUACGAUCAGGCUCCAUUGGUGCCUACAGGAGAUAAAGCAGGUAGCAAGCGAAGACUGGGCAUUGGAUAUGGCCUGAGUCUGGUGGCAGAAUCCAGCUCUGUGGGUGUCAUAUACUCUGCAGAUGUCGUCGUGUUGCCUUCUGGUGGAGAGGUCCCGGAAGAUAUUGGAAAGAGAUGCGCCUACCAGCUGCUGGAGACCAUCGCAAAGGGCGGCUGCGUGACUCCUGUGUCAGCAGGCUCUGUGCUUACGCUGAUGGCUAUGGGUUCCGAAGAUGUUGGCAGAUUAAGAAUUGGCAGAGAUAUCCUUGGUACUGAGGAAUUGGUUGAGCUUGCAAGAGAUCUAAAGACGUUUGGCGCAAGUAGCUGGGGGCUGCGAGACGUUGAGGAAGACGAUAGCGGGGAUAUUAUCGUUUCCGUCAAGGGCACCGGUGUCGGUAAUGUGGGAAGGAAAGUCGCCUAAGCUAAAUAAAUUAAUCAAUAGGAAAAGAUGCCA